UGCUCUACACCUUCGUUGCUACUUGGUCAGCGAAAGCACUUCCCCUGACUGGUUCAAUAUGCACUGGCCGCAGAACUCCCCGUCUACUCACUCACAUUGGCACAGUCAUGACUGGUUUCCCUCUUUGACUCCCGGGAGUCGAGUGUACAAAGGGCGAAGAGAGUGAUUCAGUAGGUGCAGUCCUAGCUUUAGAGUCAUGGACGAAUAUAAAAGAAGUCCUCCCGAACACCCUCAACAUGAGUACCGGCGAUGUGGGCACCGACAAUAUCAGCGCCGACGAUGUGAGCACCGAAGAUAUCAGCACCGACGAUAUAAGCUCCGAAAACGCCAGCACCGACGAUGGAGUACUGCCAAUAUGGAAAGGCGAGCCUACGGACCACGCAAGUUUAGUCGCCGGCCUCAAAGAGCUGUUCGAGUCCAUUACCGAAGCCCGUGCCAAAGAAAUCUUCGAAGGGUGUCGCAAUGAAGCGACGCUACGAUGUAUACUGAGCCAAUAUUGUCAAGAGCUGGGAGCCGAGUGGGAUGAGAUGACUGAGCAACUGAAGCAGUCAACUGGAUGCCACGCCAUGCACAUCUGGCUCAACCACCGCAAGUUCUUCCCGCACGAGGAGCUUGAGUAUUGUCUCUGUAGCCUUGUGGUCGUCGGCAGCGAGGUGUGCAAGGGUCCGCCAGUGGACUCGCUGGAAACCCAACAGGAUUUUAGCACAUACGAGCACAUGGUGGUCAUAGAAAUGCCGGCAAGCAGAUAGAGAGACGGCCUAGACCGCGUAUGCUCUUACGCAUGGGAGAGAUGGAGUCGUGGGAAGGGCCUCACCCCAUGUGAGGGUUUCGUCAAGGAAUUGCCUUCCAUGGCUUGGCUCCAAGCUGCGAACCACUCCGGAGCGAUGGGUC